AUGGAUACUGCUAACUCCAGACAAAUCACUCUCUGCAGAGAGCAGCAAAAGGCUAACAGCUUGAGUACAGAUCUAGGAGACUGUAUGCUAGUGAACAAGCUGCGUGGCCUCUCUGCUGAAAUCAGAGAGCCCACAAGCAAUGAGACUGCUGAGGCUGUUUUCUCUAAUUCUGUGAUUCUGCAUGCUGACAUUCAUGCAGAUGAAGACAUCCAGAUGGAGAACCUGCUGCAGAAAAAAUGUUGUGUUAAAUAUGGAAUAAUCUUUGCAGCAAUGCCUUGUAGUGAACAUGUCUUGGAAAACUUCAGUGAUGCUGUGAAUGGUUCAGCAUGGACUAUUAUGCUAUUGACAAAUUUCCUGAAUGGGUCUUGGUAUACGUUUUAGUUUUUCACCUGCCUUGUUAAUGUCCUUAAGGGCAUAAAUUACAAUGCUGUGGUACCUGUGAGGCCACUGAAUAAGCCGCUUGCUGUUAAUUCACUCUAAGAAGAUAGUCCUGGCUUUGCAAAACAAAUGGAGAAAAAUUUCCAUGAAUCUACACACAGGCCACA